UCAUCCAGGAUGUCGCUCGAGAGAUCUGAUCUCGUUGCUCACUUCCGGCUCGAUGCCCGAAUCUACGAUGAUUACACGGUGAUGAUGAAGAAUGUGCCUGGCAAACGAAACACCAAGAGGGAAGAGAAGUGGGUGAGAUCAAACAAGAGACCAUUCGCAGGCGGCGGUUUCGGAAAAGUCUGGCUCGAACACGAAGAGGCAAACCCUAAGAACGUUCGAGCCGUCAAGGUCAUUACCAAACCACAGUCUCAACAAUGGUUUCAAAUCGAAUAUGAGCAGGAGCUGUAUGCUUUAGCGGCCUUGUCAAAGCAUCAAGAUUCUUUCUGUGAAUUCCAGGGAUGGUGGGAUGAUGACUUCGAUGUUUUCCUGGCAAUGGAAUACUUCCCACACCGUGAUUUGACGAACUGUAUCAAAGCCGAACUACCCGAAAGCGAAGUCAAAGAUAUCACGACACAGAUUCUCGAGGCGCUAGCGAUACUGCACCGGAUGGGCAUCACGCAUCGUGAUUUGAAACCGCAAAAUAUACUUGUCGUGGAGCCAGGGCCCUCGUGGUGGAUCAAAAUUGGUGACUUUGGGAUCAGCAAGCGGAUCGGCCAAGGGUCUGCGUUGUACACAAGACAGAUUGGCACCAUCGCUUAUAUGGCUCCAGAGGUCCUUGAUGAAGACUCCGACGAUGCGUAUACCAAUGCUGUUGAUAUAUGGGCAGUGGGCUGUAUCGCCUAUUCCCUUCUCACUUUCAAUAACAUAUUCACGGACAGGAAAGCAAUCCGCCGAUAUGCGAAAGGAGAUAUGAACCUCGAUGCGGCAUGGCAGCAACUGAACGCUAAGAAGGCUUCCCCGAUGUGUAUCGAUUUCCUGAAGACUCUUCUGUCGCCCAUAGCAGACUCUCGUCCUUCAGCUGCGAGAGCUUUACAAAGCACUUGGAUCAAAUCACAGCUACCAGCAGAUACCAAGCCUGCUUUCAGUAGCACCAUGGGAGAAACCACGAACACUGGACCAACCACAUCCCCAUUCGGAUCCCAGAAUCCAUUCAAGCAAGCGUCAUGUGUCACUGUAGUGGAUGGUGGUGACACAAUCGGGUCUCAAUACACUUCUGUUACUACGAAGUCGGAUGAUUCGUUCUCGAGAGUCACACAAGUGAGAGCUUCGAAUAGCGGAUCUCAGUCGUCUAUUCCACCUCCCUUUCAAUCGAGUACCAUUGUACCUCCUGGUAUUGGUGGGGGUAACAGCCAGGGCUGUAAUGCAAGAUGCAAGUGUGCCAUCUGCCUGAGCUGCUCUUGGACUGUGAUGCCAGACAGCACACGGAGCGAACAAGUAAUGCAUACUUGUGAUAACGGGUGCUUCGGAACCCAACCAAUUUGUAUAGACUGUCUAAGACAAAUCGACGGAGGGAUUUACGUAUGCCCGCGCUGUAGAGAAGUACCAGAGGAAACCUACACACGCAAAGGUCAUAAGCCAUCUGGUUUAUCUGCCGGCAACAGUGUGCAAAAUACAAAACCCAAAAGUCCAGCACCACCACCGGUACCACCCCGUAUUUCGCCAAAUGUUCAGCAGCCGCAGACUACUGUCAAGACUGAGCAGCCUCAGGCCAAACCCAAAGUUUCCGAGACGGCACAAGCCAAAGCUCCCGUUAAUACUCCCAUUUCUCCGCCUACAAUACAGCCGGCCUCGCUUUCCCAACAGCCGACUCUGGUAAACCCGCCAGCGCCAGCACCACCAAGGCAGGGGAUACAGCCUGAGGAUUUGUUUGAACUUUUCGAGACAGCGCUGAGCUUCGAGAAGUGUUGUGCAUGCAAGCAGCCUACGGGCGAUGAAUAUUGGUCAUGUAAUGACUGCCUUGCCAAGAAAAACCGACCAUAUCAAACCUGUCUGUCAUGCAUGCCGCUCAUUACGGGCCGGCUCGUUGGUUCGCACUGGAAAAGCAUCUGCCCUGGGUGCCUGAGUGGGGACUGCUACUUGACUGAAAAGUCGAGUGCCUCUUCGGCACCAACCACAUCGCCGCUUUCUUCACUGCUGACUACCCGAUGCACCGACACUUGCAAAUGCGAUAAAUGUGGAACCUGCGCAUUAACUCUGCCUUCCCAUUGGAAGUGCAGGCUUUGCGACCGACCCCGAUGCAUCACAUGCGCUGGACCGUCAAAACCAAUUCCUUGGUGUACAAACAGUCUCUGCCGGUCCGAGAUGAUGGUGCCGGCCGAGCGUAAUAAACUGGAAGUUUUGGCGCCGCCACUCGCGACAAAUCUGAUUAAUCUGUUCAGACAAAAACCGUUACGCAUCGCGUGUAUUACGUUGGGCUGUUCCUGCGACCAGUGCGGGGAGUGUUCUAGAACCCAUUACACAUAUAUGUGUGUGGCGUGUACACCGACGGGAUAUACGACGUCAAGACACAUUUGCCAGAAUUGCAUUGGUCAGCCGUUGAGGCUUGACGUAAGAGAACAGCCCACAUGUCCAUACUGUAUGGGAGUACGCUUCAGGGUUUACGAACCAAAGCAGAAAGGGCUUCUGUUCUGAUUAAUUAAAUGCAGCAUUUUUGGACUUGCUAUUGCGGCCUGAAGAUUUCCUUUGGUGUCUUGUUUAGUCUCAUAUCUCUUGCUGGGCAUUGUAAUUGACUGUACAUGUGGUCUAUUAUUUCUGAAACUAUGUAAACAUCCUGCGUUGUGGCAUCAUCAAUACCCUCGAUGGUAUUAGAUGCGGAUGAAGCAUGGCGGUCAGAUAUACUCAGUCUAUUCGGGCUGUCCUACUGAAUGUCCGAGACCUUAGGAUGUGGCAUUAAAUACAAUUUUCUAUAUUUCACACGAUAUGCACAUGACAUGCGAUGCUGCAAAACCGUUAUUACAGGAUGUAGUCGUCUAGAGGGAGCGCAUUUAUACACAAUCACGCGAUCAAGGUCGUUCAUUGCACACGUGGCAGUAAUUGUAUACAUACUUGCAU